AUGAACGCUGCGACAAGUUUACGAGUGCGUCUGCCGGCGCUGGUGCUGGUGCUGCAGGCAAUCAUCCUGGCUCUUUACGCCAUCUUUGUCACCUACGAUGAUAGCACCGACGCCCGGCUGCAAAACAACCAGACCGACCCCAUGGACAACGCCCUGUACCGCGACUAUCCCUACUUUGCCGAUGUUCAGGUGAUGAUCUUCGUGGGGUUCGGCUGCCUGCUGGCCUUCUGCCGAUUCUACGGCUUCAGCGGGAUGGUCUUCAACUUUCUCACGGCCACCUUCGCCAUCCAGUGGGCCAUCGUCAUACAAGGGUUCUUCCAGUUCUACCACCACGGACAGAUUCACCUGGGCGUCCUCAACCUGCUGUACGCGGAAUUUGCCUGCGCCGUGGUGCUCAUCUCCUUCGGGGCCGUGCUCGGGAAGACCAGUCCGGUGCAGCUCCUGGUGAUGGCCUUGCUGGAGAUCCCCGUGUUUUCGGCGGUGGAGUGGGCCGUGUUGAAGUACAUCCGGAUCAACGACGCAGGCGGCAGCAUUCUGAUUCACCUGUUUGCCUGCUACUUCGGUCUGGGGGUGACGUUCGUGCUGUACCGGCCGGCCUUGAGGGACGGACACGCCAAAGAAGUCACCAGUUACCAUUCCGACAUCCUCUCAGUGUUGGGGACCUUGUUCCUGUGGGUGUUCUGGCCCUCGUUCAACUCCGCCCUCACCCUUAAAGGCGACGACCAACACAGAGCCAUCCUGCACACCUUUAUCGGUCUGAGUUCGUCCACUUUGACUGCUUUCGCUCUCUCCGCCGUCUUUAAUAAGCGAGGCAAGCUCACAAUGGCCGACAUCCAGAACGUGACGCUGGCAGGUGGCGUGACAGUCGGGGCGUCAGUGGACAUGAUGAUUUCUCCGUCGGCCGCCUACGCUUUGGGGAUUAUGGGCUGCACGGCUUGUUUCCUGGGAUACAAGUACCUCAGCCCCUUUCUGGCACGCCACAUGAAGAUCCAAGACCAGUGCGGCAUUCACAAUCUGCACGGACUCACCGGCCUCAUUUCCUCCACGGCGGGGAUCUGCGCCAUCCUGAUGGCCACGGAGGAGAGGUACGGUCCCAGCAUGUACCAGAUCUUCUCCCACCGGGCUCCACCGGAGGGAGAUCCAAAGCUCCUGGAGUUGCAGCAGCUGAUUCCUGGACUGAAGCCUGGAUUGGGGCGCACGGCGCAGGAGCAGGCUCUGUUCCAGGUGGCGGCCAUCUUCAGCACCAUUGCAGCUUCUACUGUCGGUGGGCUGCUGACCGGUCUGGUCUUGAAGCUACCAUGCUUGGCUUCUCCAGCGGACGAGGACUGUUUUGAUGAUGAAGUCUUCUUUGAUUUGCCUUCAGACGUUAGUCAGGUUAAAAUGAUAAAGCCAUGA